AUGAAGGUAGCUCCAAAACACCAAGAAGGGGAAAAGAUGGAGAACAAGAUAUCCAUGUUGUUGAUGGUUGCGUUAGUAUUUUUAGGGUAUGUCUCCAUGUCGGGCAAUGCAAGAGCAGUUCCGGAAGCCAGCCAAUUGAAUUUCGGGGUGUUUCCUAAAGGUGUCCCCAUUCCUCCAUCUGGGCCUAGUCGGCGUACAUCAGCAUCCCCGCCUCCUCCUCCACCAAUACGGCUGUUGAAUUUUGGGAUGUUUCCUAAAGGCGUCCCCAUUCCUCCAUCAGGGCCUAGCCGGCGUACAUCAGCAUCCCCCCCUCCUCCUCCACCAACAGGGCUGUUGAAUUUUGGAACAUUUCCUAAAGGCGUCAUUCCUCCAUCUGGGCCUAGCCGGGGUACUUCAGCAUCCCCUCCUCCUCCACAAAAAUGGUAA